UGUCAUUACACGAGAGGCAAGACAUCUGCGUAAACAUCUAUAUUAUCACAAUUCGUAUGCCUAUUCGAUAUUCACUUGGUGCUACGUUGAUCCGCAAAACCACCACAUACUGCAAAUUGUUAUAUUAUACACGACCAUGGCUCUGAAAGAUGAUGUCGAGGCCAAGCCUGCUUGUCACCCACGUGCAUGUGCAAUUCAAAACUGUCUUACCAGCAAUGGCUACAAUGAGGCCAAAUGCCGAACUGCAAUCAAGCGACUUUACGAAUGCUGUGAAGCAUUCUACGAACGUUACGGCGAAGAUGCGUCUACUGUGAGCUGCCCGAAGCCCAAUCUGCUCAGGCUCAAAAUGAAGCAACUCCGGGAGGAAGCUAAAUGAUAUGUAACGCUCGUCUUUGGUGUGUCCGCCGGUUUGGGAAACGCUGGCAACUUGAAUGAUGAGCGCCGAAUCUCUUCUAGGCGAUCGUUGAGCACGCAAGAGGCCUCAUGGACCUGAACAAGCAUUGAAGGCCUGUUCCGAGACUCUAAUACGAAUGCCGAUGACAUUAUGAUAGAGAAGAAGAAAA